UUCUUUCUAACCAACUACGCGGCCUCCAAAUAACUUUAUCUACAGUUUGACAUUAUUUUUAACUCAUGAUAUUUUUGAGUACCGCAUUUUGUCGCUCUCACAGGGUGCGUGCUAACGUAGCCCAAACAAAGUCCAAUCCCAAUUAGUGUUCUCUAAAGUGAUCUGUUGUCGAACAUCGAAUCUCAUUUCAAGUAUGGUACUGGAUGUAUAAGGACGGGAAUGUCUUUAGUUUAGUACAGACAUCAUUGGUGAGUAUAGCAUGGAUGACCUUUAGUUUUUUGUGUAAGCUAUAGAAGCCUUUUCUUUCUUCUUCUUGGUCGAAAAKUACGUACUUAGUUUCAAAAUAGUYUGUACGGAUACGUUUCAGGGUCCGUGUUUCAUCAUCUUAACACGAGCACCGACACUGUGGCAGAAUCCGACUUAAAGCAAAAUGCGCAAGUUCUUUAAACCUUUUUUCCUCAGAUUUAAAGCCCUUCUGCACCUCUCGUUGUUUCUAAUUAUACAUCCAAUUAAAUGGGGAAGCUCUCUACCACGCCUAUGUUCAUAGUGAUUUCAAGUGGAGCACCAGAUGAAGCAAAGGAGGUCAAAACAGUAUUUUUACUCGUCAUUAUGCUUCUAAACAUACUUGGAAAUGUUGGAGUUAUGAUUGUCGUGCUAAAGGAUCGAGAGUUAAGAGUCAUACCAAGAAAUAUCGCCUUUGCAAGCCUUUCUUUGACAGACUUGUUGAUGGUUAUAGUCAUUAUUCUCAAGAUUUGGACCCUGUAUUACCACACAAAUGAAAACACUUGCAGUGCACUCGGGACUUUGUUUGCUGUAUUCGUACAUGUGAGCAUUCUGCACCUAUUCGCUCUGAGCGUGGACAGUUACAUUGCUGUGUUUUAUCCGCUAAGUUACUGUCAAAUUGUCACUACAAAAAGAAUUGGUUUAGUUUUAAUGCUUAUUUGGCUAAUCUCCUUGGUAACUGUUGCCUUGCUACCAUUGUUUAUGAAAAAACAAAAUGAUCUUCGUAUYCAAAGCUUGUUCUAUGGUUGUGUUGAGUUCAAAGGGAAUGAAAUUGAUCCUCAAUACAGAACGUUUGUGUAUGCRCAUGCUUCAUUCUUCUUUAUUCUACCGCUGACUUGUAUGAUCGUGGUCUACCACAAGAUAGCCAAGGUUUCUUGGUACCAGUCUAACCGAGUGGACGUUUUGGAUAGAGGUAGUUUGCAAUCUGGAAGAUCGAGAAGCAGAGAUAUGAAGUGGGCAAAAACUAUUGGUCUCGUGAUUGGUGCUUUUACAGUUUGCUAUCUGCCAAUCAUUGUCAUGCUACUAUAUCACGCUUCUUUUGGACCAGAACAUGGUUCUUCGUCUGCCAUCCAAUACCUUGCUUUCAUGGAUACGGUUGUCAACCCGAUUGUCUACACUUUAAGAAACAGAGAGCAGCGAAARACUUUGUUYAAAAUAUUUAAGAGAAACAGCACUAUCGCUGCAGAGAAUGGACAGACUUUUGCCGAARCACAGCCUUCWCGUGCGGCUCCUGGCACGUCAAAURCCCAGAAUAAGGAUCGAACGAGAUCAUCUUUGAUGGAAUCAUCUACAGCUUCAUCAUCGUUACCAAUCCAGUUCACGACAAUUUAUGUCAAACCUGAAAUGUUGGAAAAAGUUCUGCAGGAUGCUAUUGAGAUCGCUUACUGUAAGGAGAAAUAACGACACAUCAGAUGGAGCUAAAUGAUGUAGAAAUCAGUAUUAACGUUUAUCAAUCAAUGAGGCCCUGGGGUAAAAAACUUAAAAGUUUGAACAAGAAGAGGAUGCGACUGAGAUCGCUUAGUGUCAGGAGAAAUAACGACACAUCAGAUGUAGCUAAAUGAUGUAGAAAUCAGUAUUAACGUUUAUCAAUCAAUAAGGCUCAUUAAUUCGUGGGGUAAAAAACUGAAAAGUUUGAAAAGAAGAGUAUGCGAUUGAGAUCGCUUACUGUAAAGAGAAAUAACGACACAUCAGAUGUAGCUAAAUGAUGUAGAAAUCAGUAUUAACGUUUAUCAAUCAAUAAGGCUCAUUAAUUCGUGGGGUAAAAAACUGAAAAGUUUGAAAAGAAGAGUAUGCGAUUGAGAUCGCUUACUGUAAAGAGAAAUAACGACACAUCAGAUGUAGCUAAAUGAUGUAGAAAUCAGACCGUUCGGUAAGGCAGUAUAGAUGUCAUAGAUGGGAAUGGGAAUAUCAUAUGAAUAUAUCGAGUAAUUUGAUGUUAAUGUAAUUCCAUAUAAGAGAAUUAAAAAAAAAAUAAGAAAAUUCAGCAUAUCUAACUAUUACAGAUUAUUAAUAAAGACAUAUAAUUUAUAUAAAAGCCGAGCUUUAGUGAUAUUUGCAGUUAUGCUCGUGUUCUUCCAGGGCCUGUGUUGAUAAAAAGCUUCGGUAAAA